AUGACUCACGUCUCAGAAAUGCAGAAGGCCUCACUUCCUUCCCCUCUGGCUGCUCCCAGCUGGGACAAGACCACCCAGGGGAAGGAAUUCAGAAGAUCAGGGCCCCGUCGGGCCGGGCGCAGCCCAGACACAGAGUCGCCAAGAUCGGGGCUCCGUCAUGCCGGGCGCAGCUCAGACACAGAGUCACCGAGAUCGGGGCCCCGUCGGGCCGGGCGCAGCUCAGACACAGAGUCGCCGAGAUCGGGGCUGUCAUGCCGGGCGCAGCUCAGACACAGAGUCGCCGAGAUCGGGGCUCCGUCAUGCCGGGCGCAGCUCAGACACAGAGUCGCCGAGAUCGGGGCUCCGUCAUGCCGGGCGCAGCUCAGACACAGAGUCGCCGAGAUCGGGGCUCCGUCAUGCCGGGCGCAGCUCAGACACAGAGUCGCCGAGAUCGGGGCUCCGUCAUGCCGGGCGCAGCUCAGACACAGAGUCGCCGAGAUCGGGGCUCCGUCAUGCCGGGCGCAGCUCAGACACAGAGUCGCCGAGAUCGGGGCUCCGUCAUGCCGGGCGCAGCUCAGACACAGAGUCGCCGAGAUCGGGGCUCCGUCAUGCCGGGCGCAGCUCAGACACAGAGUCGCCGAGAUCGGGGCUCCGUCAUGCCGGGCGCAGCUCAGACACAGAGUCGCCGAGAUCGGGGCUCCGUCAUGCCGGGCGCAGCUCAGACACAGAGUCGCCGAGAUCGGGGCUCCGUCAUGCCGGGCGCAGCUCAGACACAGAGUCGCCGAGAUCGGGGCUCCGUCAUGCCGGGCGCAGCUCAGACACAGAGUCGCCGAGAUCGGGGCUCCGUCAUGCCGGGCGCAGCUCAGACACAGAGUCGCCGAGAUCGGGGCUCCGUCAUGCCGGGCGCAGCUCAGACACAGAGUCGCCGAGAUCGGGGCUCCGUCAUGCCGGGCGCUGCCCAGACACAGAGUCGCCGAGAUCGGGGCUCCGUCAUGCCGGGCGCUGCCCAGACACAGAGUCACCAAGAUCAGGGCCCCAUCAGGCCGGGCGCUGCCCAGACACAGAGUCGCCGAGAUCGGGGCUCCGUCAUGCCGGGCGCAGCUCAGACACAGAGUCGCCAAGAUCGGGGCCCCGUCGGGCCGGGCGCUGCCCAGACACAGAGUCGCCAAGAUCGGGGCCCCAUCAGGCCGGGCGCUGCCCAGACACAGAGUCACUGAAAUCAGGGCCCCCCCCGCCUGUGCCACAAUCUCUACAGAGGCAGCGACGCCCCGUCUCUCUGGGACAGGGGCAAGUACCUCGUGCCCCAGGCCUGGCAAGGGGUAGGAGCGACGGAGACAGUAGCAGAUGAUGAGACGCUAGCCAGGGUAUGUCCAGCCCCGCCCCAAUCCCCUCUGUACCCCACCAGCUGCCCACAGCCCCCAGGUGGCUGCGGCCAGGAGAUCACGCCCUGGAUGGGGUGGGAGCAGGUGGGUAGGCACCAGCACAAAGGCACUUCCAGGAUGCACUCAGGGGGUGGAGAUGCAAUAAAUCAUCCAGGCCUUAUAUCACCCCACAAGGCAGCUGCCCCCCUGCAGUGCCAGGGGCACGGAUCAGGGCCACACACACACACACCCCUGCCUGGGCUGGCCUGACGGGGAGGAUCUGGACAGAUCACGAACAGGGAACCACCCAAGCCGCAGCGCUGGGCUGGGGGAUUAGAACCACUCCCUGUGCUGGGCAACACCGCUGGGCCCUCCACCUGCCAGCCUCCCCGGGCCACUCUACCCUCCACCUGCCCAAGGUGCCCCUGGGCCAGCCCCACUCUCCCGCCCCCCAAGGAGCUCCCUACCAGGGCAUUCCCAGGCCAGCCCCACUCUCCCCGAUCUCCCUGCCAGGGCGCCCCAAAGCCAGCCCCACUUCCCCAUUCCCUGGGGAUCUCCCUGCCCAGGGCACCCACGGGCCAGCCCCACUCUCCCUGAUCUCCCUGCCAGGGCGCCCCAAGGCCAGCCCUACUUCUCCAGUCCCUGGGGAUCUCCCUGCCCAGGGCACCCACAGGCCAGCCUCACUCUCCAGGAUCUCCCUGCCAGGGCCAGCCCCACUCCCCAGGAUCUCGCUGCCCAGGGCGUCCCCAGGCCAGCCCCACGCCCCAGGAUCUCGCUGCCCAGGGCGCCCC